UCCAUUGAAUUUGGUUGGCUCGUUUGGUUCCCCCCCCCUCGGGUAUUCCUCUCCCCUCUCCCGCCUUAGGGGGCAAUUAUCUCCACAGCGGCCGUCUCCGCGCGCUCUCUUAAACUGCAGCAGCUCCUCCUCUUCCUUCCCCCGAGAGUGAGCGGGAGGCAUGAAGCUGAGCAAAGCCCAGUAUGACGAGAUCGCCCGAUUCCUGGCUCAAGUUCCCCCAACUAGGCAGAGCCUGAGGAAACUGAAGGACAGAUUCCCUAGUCAAUCGCAGUCCACUCUGCUGAGCAUCUUCUCCCAGGAGUACCAGAAACAAAUCAAAAAAACACAUGCCAAACAUCAUAGUCCAGAGGCGACUGAUGCUUAUUAUCAAAGGUACCUGAAUGGAGUGAGAAAAAAUGCAGCUUCUCCUGUAUUGUUGGAACUGGCUAAUGAGGUGGAUUUUGCUCCAUCAUUGAUGGCUCGAAUUGUGUUGGAAAGAUUUUUACAAGAGCAAGAUGGAUUAACUC